UCCCAGAAAAACAAAAAAACAAAAAAACAAACGGAAUUAAACAAGAUAGUUAGAAUCUGCUCCGUUAAAUUUAGCGUUCAGCAUGGAACUCUCAACCCAAUCACCGAUGGAUCCGAACGUGGCUCGUAAACUAUUUGACAAUUGUGCCUUUCUCAUAAUCGCCGGCGUUCCGGUGGGCACAUCAUUUGGAAUCGACUUACGUUCGUAUGUUGUGGGGGCGGAUUUUCGAGGAGUCAAAAUGAUUCCGGAAGGAUUUCAUUUCGUUCACUGUGCGAGCCAGGGUCCAUACGGAGAAACAGCACCUCGGGUAGGAUUCUGUCACUAUUUCAAACGGAACGAAAUAGUAGUUCGUGAGUGGGACAAUGAGAAGGAAGAACUGCGCCUUCGGAUACAUGAAAACGUCGAACAAGAGGUGGCAAGAAUACGGGAAAACCUGAGGAACCUCGAUAGAUAUUUGGCGCCUUACGAUUACAAUAGUUUGUCUAACUGGACCAAGCUAACGGGAAACAUAAUCGAACAGACUAUCAAAAAUCAUUCCCCCGAGUGUGGAGUAAUAAGGAAUACGGUUGAACUUUUGUCAUGCUCAGAUGAAAAUCGUCCAAGAGGAAAAAAUACAACCAUAGAUGACUCCCCUCGGCUUUCAAAAAUGCGUUCUCUUAUGAAUGAAGAAGAACUGCUUCCCAAUCUUGAGGCAAUUCCGGGUUCAGCUCCGAAAUUCACAGAACUUCCACCACGUUGUCCAAAAGAGGCAUCCCCAGAAGAAAUAUCACGCCAUCAUAUCGAUUCCAUUCUAGCAGUAGAAAAAUUGCUUACGGGACGAGAGGAAUCAAUAUUUGCCGAAAUUGAAUUUUCGUUUGUACUGUUUUUGUGUGGCCAUUCCGUAGAGGGGUUGAACCAUUGGCGCCGGAUUCUAUUGCUUCUUAGUAACUCAGAGCUAGCUGUUGAAAAAUUCAGAACGUUCUACAAAAACUAUUUGACAGUGUUGCAGUAUCAAUUGCCUCAGCUCCCGAUAGAACUGAUGGAACAAACGCAACACAAUACCGUUUAUCUCGACACUCGACGUUUACUGUUGAAUUGCUAUCAAGGAGGAUUAACAACAGUGGCGCAGACCCUGGAAAAGAGCUUAAAAGAGUCACUUUUGUGGAAAUUUGAAGAUCUGUUCGCCGAAGAUCCCGAAGAUUUGCCAACAGUUGUUGAACUAUAAAUUGAAUAAAUACCAACAGAAAACAAACACACUUUAUAUAUAGGAUGACAGUUUCCUAAGUGAAUUUAAUGAUUAAGUGGUUGUUCGAAAAAUUAGAUUAAAAUAUCAAAAAUAGUGAAAAGUAUCUAUUCGAUCAUAAGCAAAUUUAAAAAUGGACCAGUCAUCAUCUAAGGUUAAUUCAACGAUGCAACAUUUCUCGGUUGUUGAUUGCGCAAAUAGACAGAUGCGAGGGUGAUUUGAAAGCUGAGGUCAUUGAACAUUAAACAAAUUUUGCUUGCGGCAACAUCUUUAAAAACAAAAUUGACGCUCAAGGAUAGCAGUUGAAACCAUU